CAAGAGCCCUAAGGCUUUUCAACUUCUAGAGUCUUCUACUGCUUCAAUAUCUCCCGACCUUUCUUUCAGCCGUCCAAGGGGUGUUCUGAGAUCACAGGAAAGAUGGUGAAGGCUGUGGCUGUUCUUGGAAAUAGCGAGUGUGUUAUUGGAACUAUCUUUUUCUCCCAAGAAGGAGAUGGUCCAACCACGGUUACGGGCGAUGUUUCUGGUCUCAAGGCUGGGCUUCAUGGAUUCCAUGUUCAUGCCAUGGGUGACACAACCAACGGCUGCAUGUCAACUGGACCACAUUUCAACCCUGCUGGAAAACAGCAUGGUGCUCCCGAGGACGAGAAUCGCCAUGCUGGUGAUUUAGGGAACAUUACUGUUGGUGAAGAUGGAAAGGCUAGCUUUACCAUUACUGAUAACCAGAUUCCUCUCUCUGGACCUAACUCCAUUAUCGGAAGGGCUGUUGUGGUCCAUGCUGACCCCGACGAUCUUGGCAAGGGUGGACAUGAACUCAGCUUAUCUACUGGAAAUGCUGGUGCUAGAGUAGCCUGUGGCAUUAUUGGGUUGCAAGGUUGAAAUUCGUUGCCGAAUCGAAUCCAAGUGCUCUAAUGUUUCCAGGAAGAGUCCUAAACUCUUUUUAUUGAAUAAAAGCAAGGCAUUGGAUUGUUUUGUUCUGUUUGUGAUGAUAGAUCUUUUACUUAUCUGUUCUUGUCUGCUGUUUUAUUAAUAUAUAUCUGGAAUUUUAGUGUCUU